AUGGCAGCCAGCGCACAACAAGUAUCGAAGUUUUCUCGGUACCUCCAGUCAGAAACCGGCCCUAAGACAGUGCAUUUCUGGGCGCCCGUGUUCAAAUGGAGCUUGGUUAUUGCUGGUCUCAAUGACAUCCAGAGACCCGUGGAGAAGAUCUCGGGCACGCAGCAGCUCGCCUUGUUUUUCACCGGCGCGAUUUGGACUAGAUGGGCCGGUUUUGCCAUCACGCCCAAGAAUUACUUGUUGGCCAGUGUCAACUUCUUUCUUGGCGGCGUUGCCGGCUACCAGCUUAUCCGUGUAGUUAACUAUAGACGCGCGGAGGGCGACAGUCCGGCACAAGUUUUCAAGUACCUUUUCAAGUGA